UUCUCUUAACUCUGAUUGGCCCACUAAAGAACCAUUUGUGCUAUUGAAGUAGGCUAUAAUUAUUCUUUUCCUUCAAACCCUAAACCCGGCUCUGCAAUUCAGCAGAGCAAAACCCUAAUCUUUGAAUCAACACUCAAUAUCUAACAAUUCUAUGUUUGGGAUGUGAAAGAACAGUUCAUCAUCGAAAAGAAAACGGUCGAGAUUAGCCUGGAAUAAGUGGACCCAUACCCAAAAUCAAGAACCAAAAAAUGAGCAGAGCCGAGGACACUGAGAAGAAGAUUAAGAAGCUCAAAGACGUUGAGAUUAGCGUUCCAAUUGUUUAUGGCAAUAUCUCAUUCUGGCUUGGUAAAAAAGCAAAUGAGUAUCAGUCACAUAAAUGGACUGUGUAUGUACGUGGGGCCACAAACGAGGAUCUUGGUGUGGUGAUAAAGCGAGCUGUUUUUCAGCUGCAUUCCAGUUUCAAUAAUCCAACAAGGGUCGUUGAAUCACCACCUUUUGAGUUAUCAGAAGCAGGGUGGGGUGAAUUUGAGAUUGCAAUCACUCUGUAUUUCCAGAGUGAUGUGUGUGAUAAACCCAUGAACUUAUAUCAUCAUCUGAAGUUGUACCCAGAGGAUGAAUCUGGUCCCAUGUCAACAAAGAAGCCUGUUGUUGUGGAAUCAUAUGAUGAGAUUGUGUUCCCUGAGCCUUCUGAGGGCUUCUUCGCUCGUGUGCAGAGUCAUCCUGCUGUAACCUUACCCAGAUUACCUGCUGGUUUUACUUUACCUCCUGUACCUGUCGAGGAUGCAAGUAAAAGGAAGAGAGGUGAUACUAAAGAUCAUCCUCUAAGCCAGUGGUUCAUGAAUUUCUCUGAAGCAGAUGAACUGUUACAACUUGCAGCAGCUCGUCAGCAGGUGCAAGCUCAUAUUGCAAAACUCAGACGGCAGAUAAGCUUGAUAGAUGGACAGCAUCAGCAGUUGAAAUCUACCUCUGACCAGUGAUUGUACAUUACUUUUGCAAUAUCUUGUGAUUUCUACUUCGCAUUGUUUUGGUAGCAGCAGCACAUGACGGCAUAGGCAUGUAACAAUGAUAUUAAUUGUCUCAACAGUUUGGAGUAUUGUCCUUGUCUCUCUUUCUAUUUUCUUUUCAAAUUGUUUUUUUCUCCCUCCCCUUUCAGUGGUUAUACAUGAAAAUGUAUCUCUGUAUCAAUAAACAAAAGGAAAUUUUUGUAUACUUUGAUCAUUGCCAAGUAAAAGUUAAAUUUUACUCAA